CAAAUCAUAUUUUCUUUUGCUAACAGAAGAUAUGAAAUCUUUGUUUUCCUUGGUCUCUUUCUUUUUGCUUCUACCGUUGUUGAGUACUAUCAAUGGGAGAAAGGAUGUGGGAGAAUAUUGGAAGAAAGUGAUGAAAUUAGAUGAAAAUGUUGAGCCAAGGCCUGAUGCUUCAAUUUACCACAACGACAUACCGUUCGGUAACGAAACAACCAAGCCACACCCCGAUGCUUCGAUUUACCACAACGACAUACCGUUCGGUAACGAAACAACCGAGCCACACCCCGAUGCUUCGAUUUACCACAACGACAUACCGUUCGGUAACGAAACAACCGAGCCACACCCCGAUGCUUCGAUUUACCAUAACGACAUACCGUUCGGUAACGAAAUAACCGAGCCACACCCCGAUGCUUCAAUCUACCACAAUGACAUACCGUUCGGUAACGAAAUAACCGAGCCACACCCCGAUGCUUCAAUCUACCACAACGACAUACCUUUCAGUAACGAAAUAAGUGAGCCGCACCCUGAUGCUUCAAUUUACCAUAAUGAUGUUGGACUCAAAGCAAAGAAGCAAUUUAGUGAGCUCAAAGGAGAGAAGUCGAUAGAUGAUAAAGUAGCAUUUGUUAAGGCUUUUGAGCAUUCGCCUGAUGCUUCAAUUUAUCAUGAGUGAUCACUUGUCCCUUAACUUUAUCUUCAUUAUGAUCAUCUUAUCUAUUAAUUUUUAGUUAUUGUGUGGGGUUCGAUUAAGCUUAUAAAUUGUUGAGAUAAGUUUAUAAUAUGAUGUGUGAUUUAUAAGAUAAGUUUAUGUGAUCAUGGAUGAUUAAGUGGUAAGAUAAGGUUUUGUGAUGAGUGAUACAUGUAUAUGAAUAAAACUAUUUAUGAACGUUUGGAUUACAGUUA